CCUUUCGAAAAAAAAGAAACUCAUCAAAUGUCAAAUACUGACAUUUAAGUUUUAGCAGCAGUGAGCAGUUACGUCUACUUUCUACCCAGUUUCCGGAAUAUUUAUUUUUGCAGAAAUGUUUGACCAAUUUACCAAGAGUUUCUUAGCUAGAAUCCCAGUGUCAAAGCUAGAUUGGAAGUUUAUCGAGGAGACUUUGAAUCAGAGCUCCGAGUUAGGUCGAGUCAAUGGAAAUGAAGAUGAAAUGUUCCUCUGCCAAGAAAGUAUCCUCAACGCUACAGUGCAUCACCCACUUAACUUGAAAUACCCGCUGCCAGAUGUUUAUAUUCACACCUUCCUGAAAUGUUUGAUUAAUAUGGUGGAAAGAUUUCACUGUGAAAUUCACAGUAACAUUUUGGAAAAGUACACCAAUCUUAUCUGCAAAAACCUGUCUACUGUAGAAGCUGGGCAUAGGUCGUUUAUGAUUGAUGAAAGUACGAGUAUCAGCCUGAGAGAAAACAUCAGCAUAAUUUCAGAUGGGACAACAGGGCUUUGCACAUGGCAGGCGGCAUUCCAUUUGGCCGAAUGGUGCAUUGCCAACCGCCAGAGAAUUACCGGAAUGACGGUCGUUGAACUUGGCUCCGGGGCGGGACUUGUCGGUCUUACGUGUUACAAAACAUGUAAACCUGGAUACAUAACCAUGACUGAUUUUCACCCCAAAGUGAUGGAGACACUUCGCUACAAUCUUGAAAACAAUCAGCUAAUCGAAAACAGCAGUCCACCUAUCGACAUCCAGCCGUUGGAUUGGAUGGAGUUUCACACAAAAAGCGAAAGUAGUUUACAAGCUGAUUUGGUCUUAGCCUCGGAUGUUGUUUUUGACGUCGAGUUGAUUCCCGCCCUUGUGGGUACUCUAUCCAAAUUGCUUCAUCCGCGAGACAAUCAGUUGCUACCCUCUGCCAUCGUCGCCUGUACGGAGCGCAACCAAGAAACCCUCAAUCGUUUCUUGUACGAACUCGCUCAGCAAAAUCUCACGUAUGGGCACUUGGAGCACGCUCCGUCGAUUUUCGCCUGCGAACGGAAUUAUCCAGUUAGAAUUUAUGAAAUACAGUCCAUCAAAUGCUGAAAAUGUUUUCGUUUGUCAUUCGACCGUAGGACAGGAAGUUGGCCAUCAGGGUAGGAAAUGUGUCGUCUUCACCGUUGCCAAGAAAAGAGAAAAAAGAAGUUGUUGUUGGUGAUGGCCGAAAGUGCAGGUCGUAUCGUGAGCUGAUGGCCAAAAAAAAAAAAAAAAAGAACUGAUGAAUUAAUGAGGUGAAAGUGUGCCGGCAUACUUGCGUUGUAGAUAGAGCCUACGUGUUAUUAUGACACACUAGCGCCGUCGAGCGCGCAAAAACCCAUCAGGUAUGGUUGCUGGCAUUUUGCCCCUCUUUGCUUUAUAGUUUCUUUGUCCACCAUUUUAUUUUUUGCCAGCAUAGAAAGAAAAAGAAAAGAGAUAGACAGACAGAAAAAAAAUAAUACUGUUGGAAGACUUUUCCUUGGGCUCUUUUCUGCAACGCUCUCCACUCUCUUAUGUCUUUAAUGCUAAUUGUAGGUAUAUAACGUUGAGAGCCAGCCAGCCAGCGCUUUCUAUUUUCGCCUUAUUGUUGCUGUGUGUGUUUAUAUAUAUUGUUCAGUUCGA